UUAAAACAAUAAAAACAAGAAAUACUACAUGUGAGUUUUUAUGGAAGAAUUAUUUGAGUAACAAAUAUUACAAAAAUGAUGUCUUCACACGAAUCAAGCGGUUCCAGUUCCGAAGAUGAAACUGAGCAAAGGAAUCUAAUUCGAGAAGACCUCGGCAAUAUGACAUUUGAAGAAAUAUUAAAACUGAAAGAAGAACUUGGUUCUAAAGUAUACAAUGAAGCUAUCUUAGGUCAUAAUAAGUCAAUAAAACGAAAAAAUGUAAAAAACGAAGACCAUAAACGAUUGAAUAAAAAUAGACCAAGGGAAUUGUCUUCAAAGAGACAGGUACCAUUUUUAGGAGCUGAAUUACGAACUCAACCUAAAAGUGACAAAGAAUUGCGUGACCCACGUUUUGAUGAACGAUCAGGUACAUACGAAAUAAAACGUUUCAAGGACAAUUACAAAUUUUUAACUAAAAUAAGAAAAAAUGAAGUAAAACAGUUAAAGAAUAGUUUGGCGUUAACAGAAGAUGAAGACACUCGAAUUAAUAUGAAAAAAUCAAUGCAGAAAUUAAUAAAUAAAAAUGAAGAAGAACGGAAAUGGCAUGACAAACAAACAAUGCUUAAAAAAGAGAAAAUUGAAAUCCAAAAGGCACGCGUAGCAGGUGAGCAGCCACAUUUUGUCACCAAAAAGGAACGGCGUACCAAGGAACUUGUACAACAAUUUGAGCACCUUAAACAAACUGGCAAAUUAAACAAACAUUUGGAAAAGCGGCGCAAGAAAAACAUGACCAAAGAUAGGAAAAAGCUUAGUUUAGAGUAGUUUAUUACUUUUGUACAAAU